AGGUGUAUUACGGGAAUGUGAGAACGCAAUGGAGGCGUGUUUUCUCAUUUCCAGGCGUGGCGUGCGGACUUCCGUCUUCCUCCACAGACCUCAUAUAAAAUGACGGCAACAUUGCGACCUUAUCUGAAUGCGGUGCGCGCCACUCUUCAAGCAGCCCUGUGUCUGGAGAACUUCUCCUCUCAGGUGGUCGAGAGACACAACAAGCCUGAGGUGGAAGUUAGGAGCAGCAAAGAGCUUCUUUUGCAGCCUGUGGUCAUAAGCCGCAAUGAGAAGGAGAAGGUCCUGAUUGAAGGGUCCAUAAACUCAGUCAGGGUCAGCAUCGCUGUCAAACAGGCUGAUGAGAUUGAGAAGAUCCUGUGCCAUAAAUUUAUGAGGUUCAUGAUGAUGCGAAAGGAGAACUUUUUCAUCCUGCGGAGGAAACCUGUUGAGGGCUAUGACAUCAGCUUCCUCAUUACCAACUUCCACACAGAACAGAUGUACAAACACAAGCUGGUGGACUUUGUUAUCCAUUUCAUGGAGGAGAUCGACAAGGAGAUCAGCGAGAUGAAGCUGUCGGUCAACGCUCGGGCCCGAAUUGUCGCAGAGGAAUUCCUUAAGAAUUUCUGAGGAUCCUUGUCUGCAUUCCUAAUACCCAUCAGAGAUCGGUGUUGCUUCGGUUCUUGUGGACAAAAACAUUCAAAGUUUUUAAAAAUCUCCACAGAGCAAAGGGGAAAGAGUCGAUUAGUUGUCAAGCAUGCAAGAAGAUCUACAGGAACAACUGGCCAGUCUUGCAGCACUAUAUGCAGUCCCCUUUGCCUUCUGUUUAAGGUGCUCCUUGUGCCCAUGGAUAUUAACAAUUGUACAUUUAGUCAAAAA